UAAAAAAAAGCGGUGCGGAGGAACACGUCGCCGCGUUGCGUUGUCCUCGGUUCUCGAGUCUUCUUCCUCAGAACUCCUCGGAACAGAGUCCAUGCUGCAGAGCGCACAUCACCUUCUCCUCCUCCUCCUCUCGUCGAAGGGGUCACCUGAGAACACAGAGACAAUGGUGAAGGCUGUCGCUGUGCUCGCUAGCAGCGAGGGUGUCAAGGGCAUCAUCUUUUUCUCCCAGGAGGGAGAUGGUGUGACCACCGUAACUGGAAGUGUCUCUGGGCUCAGGCCAGGGCUACAUGGCUUCCAUGUGCAUGCGCUUGGUGACACUACUAAUGGCUGCAUGUCAACCGGGCCACACUUCAAUCCUACUGGGAAGGUACAUGGGGCACCAGAAGAUGAGAACCGUCAUGGUGGUGAUCUUGGAAAUGUAACAGCUGGAGCUGAUGGUGUUGCUAAUGUCAAUAUCUCUGAUAGCCAGAUCCCCCUUACUGGACCACACUCCAUCAUUGGCCGAGCUGUUGUUGUCCAUGCUGAUCCUGAUGAUCUUGGCAAGGGUGGACAUGAGCUUAGCAAGACCACUGGAAAUGCUGGGGGCCGUGUUGCUUGCGGAAUCAUCGGACUCCAGGGAUAGACGUCUCCACUUUCCAACAAGUUGUUUCAGGUUCGAUCGUAUGGACGUUGAAAUAAACACCUGAUGUGUGUAUGAUCAGUGCACAGUUUGCAUCCGUUAUAGAUGAUUAGAUGCUACACUAUUGUCUGAACAUUACACAGUACUGUCGUUUGACUUGAGUGCAUGUUUUUAAGUACCAUUGGUGGAUUCGA